CAUUUUAGAUUUAUUUUUAUUUUGUUCGUUUUGUUUUCGAUUUCCUAUCAAGACACUAGGGUCGGGCAGGGUCAGUUACAAUUCGCUAUUCAUGAAAUGAGAUUACCCUGAUUUAUUUAAGGUUGAUCAUAUUUGAAAGCGUAUUUUAACUGCUUACAGUAUUAAAUAAUAUUUGAGAUGGCGACAAACAACACCAACGGGCAUUGCGAGAACUACCACAAGAUGGAGUCCCUGAAGAAGCUGUUCCAGCCCGUGCACGAGAAGGUGGACGAAACUUGGAGCAAGGUGACCAUUGUCGGGGUCGGUCAGGUUGGGAUGGCCGCAGCUUUCUCUAUGCUGACGCAGUCUAAUGUUACGAAUAACAUCGCUCUAGUAGACAUGAUGGCUGACAAAUUGAAAGGAGAGAUGAUGGACCUGCAGCACGGAUCAGCAUUCAUGAGGAACGCCAAGAUCCAAUCUAGUACGGAUUAUUCUAUAACAGCUGGCUCGAAGAUCUGCGUGGUUACUGCUGGUGUUCGACAACGCGAAGGUGAAUCUCGUCUCGAUCUCGUGCAGAGAAACACCGAUGUGCUUAAACAAAUAAUCCCGCAGCUGAUAAAGUACAGUCCGGACACAAUAUUGGUGAUCGCCAGUAACCCCGUGGAUAUUCUGACGUAUGUUACGUGGAAGAUUAGCGGGCUGCCUAAGCACCGCGUCAUCGGGUCCGGCACUAACUUGGACUCGGCACGGUUCCGUUACCUGCUGUCGGACAGGCUCGGUAUCGCUACCACGUCCUGCCACGGCUACAUCAUCGGCGAACACGGAGACAGCAGCGUUCCAGUAUGGUCUGCAGUAAACAUAGCGGGAGUACGCCUCAGUGAUCUCAACAAUCAGAUCGGAACCGACGACGAUCCUGAGAACUGGAAGGAGCUUCACGAGAAUGUCGUGAAAAGUGCUUACGAAGUCAUCAAACUGAAGGGAUACACUUCCUGGGCUAUCGGACUGUCGCUGGCUCAGAUCGUGAGGGCUAUACUCACGAACGCUAACAGCGUUCAUGCGGUCUCUACUUAUCUCAAGGGCGAGCACGGCAUCGAAGACGAAGUAUUCUUGUCGCUGCCGUGCGUGUUGAGUCACUGUGGAGUCUCUGACGUCAUCCGCCAGCCUCUAACCGAACUUGAAGUGGCACAGCUUCGGAAAUCUGCUAAAGUCAUGGCUAAAGUGCAGAACAACAUUAAAUUCUAACGCGAAUGCAUCUGAGUUCGAAGGAAUGCGGUUUUGGUGCGUUGAGCGGAGUGUGUUGUUGAUAUGAAUAACCCACCAAAACCGUAACAGGCUGCGAGCCAUUUUUGUAUGUUUGCUUUAAUUCCUUUGGAGUUGUAUUAUUAUUUUUACGUAUUUUAGUGUGUAAUCACGUGCAUUUUACUUUUAAUAUACAACCCUGUUUUCGCAUUUCAUUUAAAUUUCUUGGUAAAUUCAAUGAGUUUAGAUGGAGUCGAAUCCUUUAACCUCUUCAGGGACGAAUUUUUUAAAGUACAUACGAAAACAUGAAUUUUGAUACUCUUUAUUCUGAUUUGUUUAUUUUAUAUUGAAAGCAUUAAGUAAAAAAAUUAACAAAAGUAGUAAAUAUUCAUUAAACAUUAUAUAUAUCCACAUAAGUGGCCAUUUAGCGUAAUUAUAA